AUGGCUGUUCCUUUGCUGACGAAGAAGAUCGUGAAGAAGCGGCUCAAGCAGUUCAAGAGGCCCCAAAGUGACCGCAAGAUUUCUGUGAAGACAAACUGGAGGAGGCCGAAGGGUAUUGAUUCAAGGGUCAGGAGAAAGUUCAAAGGAUGCACUUUGAUGCCCAACAUUGGUUAUGGUUCAGACAAGAAAACUCGCCACUAUCUUCCUAAUGGAUUUAAAAAGUUUCUUGUGCAUAACGUAAAGGAGCUUGAAAUUUUGAUGAUGCACAACAGAACUUACUGUGCUGAGAUUGCCCACAAUGUAUCCACCCGGAAGAGAAAGGAGAUUGUCGAGCGUGCAGCGCAGUUGGAUGUUGUUGUCACCAACAAACUUGCUAGGUUGCGCAGCCAGGAGAAUGAGUGA